AUUACCCAGAAAACAAUGCGCGUAGAGCGUCGCUGUGCGUCAGCUCUAGUUGCCCAGCCACAGAGAAAGAAAGAGGAGGCGCACAGUUUGCUAUUGAUAGAAUAGUUCAGCAAUCUUAUAUUAUUUUUAACGAUUAUUAUAGUUUAAAUUGACAUAUCCACUACGCGCCUGGACCAGUCUACAGGCACAGUUUACCCCUGCUCUGGCACACCUGCAACCCGAAAUGAGCGGCAGCGGGCGGCCCAGGACUAGCUCGUUUGCUGAGCCUCCAGGGGUCCCGGGAGCCGCUGCAGCCGCCGCCGGAUCAGCCGUCGCGGGCGGAAGCUCUUCAGGAAAGACGGGGGGCGCGCAGGCCUCAGGCGGGAGUUCGUCUGGUUUCGGAAACCUAAAGUUGGGCAGGGAUAGUGGGAAAGUAACAACGGUAGUAGCCACACCAGGGCAGGGUCCGGACCGUCCUCAGGAGGUCUCGUACACAGACAUCAAGGUGAUCGGGAAUGGCUCGUUUGGAGUGGUGUACCAGGCUCGACUCAUCGACAGCCAGGAGAUGGUGGCCAUAAAGAAGGUGCUUCAGGAUAAGAGGUUUAAGAACCGUGAGCUACAGAUAAUGAGGAAGUUGGACCACUGUAAUAUUGUCAGGCUACGCUACUUUUUCUACUCCAGUGGAGAAAAGAAAGAUGAAGUGUAUCUAAAUCUGGUCCUUGAUUUUGUACCAGAAACCGUGUACAGGGUUGCACGCCACUUCAACAAGUCCAAGACCACCAUCCCCAUUAUCUAUGUCAAAGUGUAUAUGUAUCAGUUAUUUCGCAGUCUGGCAUAUAUUCAUUCCCAAGGCGUCUGCCAUAGAGACAUAAAGCCACAGAAUCUCCUGGUGGACCCAGACACAGCUGUACUCAAGCUGUGUGACUUCGGCAGUGCAAAACAGUUAGUUCGUGGGGAGCCCAAUGUGUCAUACAUCUGUUCGCGGUAUUACCGCGCUCCCGAGCUAAUAUUUGGAGCCACGGAUUACACAUCCAACAUUGAUAUCUGGUCAGCUGGCUGUGUAUUAGCAGAGCUGCUUCUGGGACAGCCCAUAUUCCCCGGUGACAGUGGAGUGGACCAGCUAGUGGAGAUCAUCAAGGUUUUGGGGACCCCGACAAGAGAGCAGAUCCGAGAGAUGAACCCCAACUACACAGAGUUUAAAUUCCCACAGAUCAAAGCACACCCUUGGACGAAGGUGUUUAAGCCGAGGACCCCUCCUGAAGCCAUCUCAUUGUGUUCUCGUCUGUUGGAGUACACACCGGUGACGCGGCUCUCUCCGCUGGAGGCCUGUGCACAUGCCUUCUUUGACGAGCUGCGCCAGCCGAAUGCCCGUCUGCCUAAUGGCCGAGAACUUCCCCAACUCUUCAACUUCAGCCCUGUGGAGCUGUCUAUCCAACCACAGUUGAACUCCAUUCUCAUUCCUCCCCAUGCUCGCUCGCAGACGACACCUGCCUCACACGAGGGCAGCAGUUCAGAAGGUCCAGCCCAGUCUAGCUCAGCACCGGGACCCCUGAGCAACAACACCUAAUUGUUCCCUUGGCAUUAAUGCGACAUUAUCACCCCUUUCUCCUCAUCCCUUCUUUCUCAUUCCUCUCUCCUUCCCAAAAGCAGCUCCAAUCAGUCUCUCUCUCACACGCUCUCGCUCUCAAACACACAAGUAUGCACACUCGUCACCUCGUUUUACGCGUCGUCAUGAUGAAAGAAGUGUGUAAUGCGCAGAUUAAUGUCGUCAAUCAUCACAGGAGGAGAUAAUGAGGUCGAUUUAAAUUUAGUGUGAUGAUUGUCAUGUUUCGGUUUAAAGACUGGGAAGGGCCUCUUAGGGCACAUGUGCCCCCUAGUGGCAUGAAGAGCACCGCACAGUUACUGCUCUCUGCCUCUUGUACCAUCCUUUUGACUUUUAAACAAUAUGUGGAGCUCAUUUAAAUUUAAUUUUGCUCUUAAAGUGAUACGUUUUAACUUUCUUUAGGAGUUCUUGCACAAAGCAAGGACUACGAUGGGUUUUAUGAAGCAGCGAGCGUGAGAUGUCAGAGUUAGCGUGUCAGGAUGUGCUGUUUCUCUUUGCAGAGAUGAAAAUGGGUGUCUUUGUGCGAAAUGUCAAUUUUAAGUAAUCAUUGCAAAUUUUUUGUUUUAAUUUCUUUUAAGGAGAGUAUGUGGAGAAGUCGAGACAAGGUUUAUCUGGGUUUAUUGUCAGUUUCAUUGUAAAACGUGCUUUUGCUAAUUUUUUUUUUUCUCACA